CUGUCGACAGCUGCGACGGCGUCUUCCAUGUGGCCGCGGCGGUGGACUUCGAGGAGAGAGAGAGCGACUCGACCUGGCGCCCCCGCCGCCGUUUGGCCGACGGGGAGUUGCUGAGGUCGCUACGGAUGUUUGCAGAGGCUUAUGUGGUGACGAAUACGGCGACCGAGAUAUUGCCUCUGGAAUUUGGGGAGAAAAAUGGAUUGGAUGUGGUGGUCGUGAUGCCGUGGUGGGUCGUCGGGCCCUUCAUCUAUCUACGCUGCCCCGAUUCGAUUCAAAUUGCUCACAUGAAGAAAGAGAUUUUACGCAAUACGGGCGAAGGAUAUUGCUUAAGGUCGCUUGACACAAGGGCGACAAACUCAGAUUGCUAG